AUGAGCUCGACGCGGCCGGCGGACGAGGCGAGGUUCGUCGAGGCGGACCUGCUGCCGGAGAUGGUGCACGAGCGCUGCUUCUGCGAGGCGGGCUCGCGGGAGUUCGUCGAGUUCGAGUCGGCCAGGGUCGCGCCGCUGCGGCCGGAAUCGCACCAGCUGCGCUGCGCGCUCUACCGGGCCGAGCUGGUCGUGCGGUUCUCCGGCGAGCCGCGCGCCUUCCGCGUGCUGGUGAAGCUGCUGCCCGAGAGCGCGCCCGGCCAGACCGACGCGGAGCUCGAGCUGGCCUACCGCGGCUUCCUCAACGAGGAGAUCGCGUGCAACAAGGCGAGGCUGCGGCUCGGCGCGGAGCUUUAUCCCAAGAUUUAUCUGGCCGACAUGGGCAAGUACGGGCGACCGGUGGUGGUGGUCGAGGACCUCGAGCGCGCUGGCUACUACCGCGUCGCCGACAGAGAAUUCAGCGUGGAGGAGGCAAGGGCGGUGCUGCGAUCGAUCGGCAGCUUCCACGGCAAGGGGAUGGCGCUCAGGCAGAACCAGUUCGCCGCGUUCCGCGAGUUCACUGCCAAAUUUCAGGAGAUCACGUUCGCCGAGGCCGUCGAGGCUGACACCAGAGCCAAAUACGCCGAAUUCAUCGAGCAGCUGCGAUACAUGACGGCGAGGAUGGACGACACGGAGGUGGCGCAGACGGCGGAGCGCGUGCUGACGAGCGACCCGUACGCCAAGUGCCGAUCGGCCACGCAGAGCGUGGACAGCGCCGAGGCGACCGCGACGAUAUGCCAAGGCCUGCUGCUGCGCGAGAACCUCUGGUUCCGGCGGCUGAACGGCCGGACGGAGGUGCGGGCGCUCGACUGGCAGCGCGUCCGGCACGGCUCGUGCGGCGUGGACCUGGCGACGGUGCUCGCCCAGUGCCGCUUCUACGACUGGAAGCUGCUGCUGCGCGACUACGCGGCGGCCGUGCGCCGGGAGCAGCCGACGCUGGACGCGGCGCAACUCGAGGCGGGCCUGGCCAGUCCCGGCUUCCCGCACGCCUUCCUGCUGCUGUCGCUCGCCGACCAGUCCGAGCUGCCGCCGCUCACCGUCCUGCACGGCGCGUUCGCCCGCGGCUUCGCCGAGCGAGUCGAGUCGCCUGCGCGCGAACCCAUUGUGCUCCGCGCUGAUGGAACUCAAUAA